ACACACAAGCACAAAUCACUUGCACACACGCAACUGAUUUCUUUCGACUUCUCCGCUUGCUCAAACGCUUUUGCCGCUCUCUAUACACGCACUCGCGCCGGUGGGAAACCGCUGUCUGGCUCAAUUGCUUUAUUUCUCGUCUCGUGCCAAUGCUUAGAAUCACUUUACAGUCCAAGACCUGACGCCUACCAUUUUGAGAACGACAUUUCCUCCCACCUCGAAAAGCACAAUCAUCACACGGAACGCCUCCAAGCCUGUAGUGCCCUUCCUCUCCGACCACGCUAGUGGCCCAGUUCAUCAUCCGUCACAUUCUCAGAGAACUCUCUCGGAUCGGUAUACAUGUCUGCGCUGCUGCUGUCACGACUCUCAGUAUCAAUCGCACCAUGGUGGCAUCCGCAGUGGACGGGCGCAACAAGUAUAAGGGGAGGCGCAGUGAAGAAAUAGCCUAACCUGAAAGUGUGAUGGACGGUGUUGCCAAACUGGGAUCCUGUUCCGACGACGAGCUGCGUGGUGCUCUGCGAACUCGCCGUGAUCUGGUAGAUGCUUGAGGCCAUGCUCAGUUUGCCACUGCCGUCGCCGUGCAUCAUCAUAGACUCAUCCGAGCCCGGGCGACGGAGCUUGUACCCGUCGUCAUCAUCGGCCACGGCAGAUGAGCUCUCCAGAACUCCUGUCAUCACAAACCCAUUGCGCCCGUGCUCGUAGCGGACAUACUGCGUGUCCACGUUGAACGGCUCGUACUGAUUGAGUGUAGGGGAUAGGGACGUGCCUGCCGAGAGCAUGUGUGUGUUGACACCCUCGUCUCCUGCUAGCCAGACCUUGUCCGCUGUCGAUGAUGUUAGCUUGAUACCUUCACCUGCAGCACAUCGGACGUACCAUCGUCACCAUCGACUCCUCGCUCGCCCGCUUCUCCAUCACCUGUCACGAAGCCUCGGAAGCUGCAAUUGCAGCUGCAUACUCUUGGGUUCAACUGCGGUUGUCUUGGCUCCGCAGAGGGAACUUGAUCUUCUUCGUUGGGCCGUCCGUUGGAUUUUGUCAUUUUGAAUAGAAGGCGAAAAGAUCUAUACUCGAAAAACCUCUAGAGACAAGAGGCGCUAUCACAACAAUAUACAGGUAACAUACACGUGAAUAUCUUUCAGUCACUACCUCAAGGGUAAGGACCGGGACAAAGCGUCUCUUUAAUUUCUUGACAACUGGUCGUUGUGUAGAUGCCAGAGCUUGUCGGGACGCCGUGCUAAGAUCGAACCUUAAUUGCUAGUAUAAAGAUAUCAAAGGAGUUUAAAAGGUGGAAUUUUACGGGGUCUUUUUUAUUGAGAUGAGGUCGGGGAAGACUUCAGAAAUCAACGCGGACAAGGGAACUAUUUAUUCACGACUGCCUGAGAUUUCAACGACGCUUCUGUCCACGCAGAUCCCACCUAUCCAUCGCAUCAAGUGUCCUCGUGCACAAUGUCGAACAACUUGUCGUGGACACGUCGAUCCUCGAGCAAGACCGGUCAACAUGCACGUCGGGCGCCGCGCAGUGUUCAAUCGGACAGGCUUCAAACAACGGGACGUAUGCUCACUCACACGCCUCCAACCGCCAAGCGAAUGCUUGAAAAACAAGCAAGGAAAUGUGAUAAAAAAAAUUGUGUUGUUGAAGAUUGGAGCUUCAUGGACUUGCAGAAGCUUCGACCGCUUCUAACCGAGAAAAUCGACACGAAGUCUACUUGACGCGAACAUUUCAACAUCCCGCUCAGAUUGGUAUUACGAGCCUGGAUCCGACGGCGAGAUAAGCCAAAUUUCAUCUUGUCAGCGCAUGUUUCGGGCUCGACGGCCGCCAAUGGGUGGCUUCGGCCCUCCCCGUACGCGGAGCAACUUUACGGUUUAAUCGCAACGAAUCAUCGGCACUGCAUCUAAGCAACUGGUGGGUGUUUACUUGGCACCGAUUCGUAUCCGCCCCGAAAAUUUAUACAUCUCUUUGCGAAUUUCUAAGUGGCUGCCCUAUCUUUCAUAACGGCUUCCUGCGCAUUCUUCUCGUUGGCACGAGAUGAGAUGCCAGCAUUGAUUGCACGCGCAACCUAUACGUACAUUAGUACGAGCAUGGCUCGGUGUGAUCUGAUUCUGCAUGCGUUUGGUACUAGUAAAGCACUGUACACGGCGCUUGAGAAAGAGGAGAUUCCUGAAUGCUUUGUUUGGUCACAUGGAGAAUCUCCUGAUAUCCAUUGGGCUGCAAUCGCCCGGUCAACACUGAUGCCACAAAUAUGACUGAAUGCGAUGCUUGAUUUUACUCUCGGUGAGCUUUCCUUGGUCCACCCCUUGCAUCCGAUGCCUUGCGUUAGCGGCUUCUUGGUAGUAGAGCUUCAGACGGGAUAGUCGGGGGUCGUCAUGGGAUCUACUUCAACCCCUCCUGAGACAGAAAUUUCAAGACGUGUCGAUUCAAACAGCGACCAACGAGACUUUGACUUGACACGCAAUUCUACACCGAGACCCUGCUGACGUGAUGUGACAUUGGAGCUAUCGACCCCGCA